GGCAUCAGCUGUUUGGUCGAUUUUGUCCACAUCUAAAUCGUCCCAGAUACCUAAAUGACAAGUGAAAACAUCGAUAAAUUUAGAGAGAUUUUAAACAAAUGGAGAAUAUCUUUCAAAAUACUAAUGUCUGGGUGGCAGAAGUGGGUGAAGCCCUCCACAGGUAUUCCUCAGCAACAGUGAAUUUUGUGAUUGAAACGAUUGGAGUGACAACUGACUUGUCCAGUGUUAUAAAACCGAGUGAUGAGUUGCUCCUGGAUGUGAAUGAUUUUCUGAGACAAUUCCCUGAGCUUUUGGUGUUUGAUUACUUCCAGUGGCAGUUGCUCAAGAUAUUCAUUUCAAUUCUUGUCACACUCGUCUUUAUGAUAUUUUGCGCGUGGUGGGUUUAUGGGGCAAGGAUUACAGAGAGUUUCAUGGAUCCAGGUCACAAGAUCGAUGAUCGAAACAACUUCAAGUACUACUCCCCACAUUUAUAAACUCCUGCGCAAAAAUGUAAAUAAAAUAAUGAAAUAAUAAUGCGAGAGAUCAGAUUGAAAAUAACAUAAGUUAUAUUUUCUCAUGAAA